AUGGAGAUGCGGCGUAUCGUUUUUGUGCUUGCUCUUGUUGCUUUAUUAGCAUCAGCAGCUUGUGCACGUAUGGUGCCUGGUGAUCAACCCGCUACUAGCCCUAAUGAGAAAACAGCCGUUUUGGAUGCUACUGCACCUAAGGCAGCUGCCCCGACUGGCGUUAAAGACAAGAAGUGCAUCGGUGCUGUUGGUGGAUUCGCUGGAAUGGGAGGCGUAGCUGGAGUCGGCGGUGUGAUGCCUCUUCUUGGUGGUGGGAUCGGAAAAUUUGGUGGAAUAGGUGGAGUUGGAGGUCUUGGCGGAGUUGGUGGAGUAGGCGGUAUUGGCGGAACUGGCGGUGGAGUUGGUGGCCUAGGCGGUGGAGCUGGUGGUGUUGGCGGUGUCGGGGGAGCUGCUGGUGGAGGAGCCGGCGGAAUUGGGGGAAUUGGUGGCCUUCACCCAUGA